GUAUUCAUUGUUACCACCGCGGCCUUGCCCUGGAUGACGGGAACCGCCGUCAACCCAUUGCUCCGGGCAGCCUACCUAACUCUGCGUAACGCUGCUCGCUGUCCACAUCAGGAUUGCGACGGAACCAACAAUAGUAGCAACGCCAUCACCAAUAAAACCAACACAAACACGACGGUCACGCUGGUCAUUCCGUGGUUGGAGUCCGCCGCGGAUCGAGUCUUGCUCUACGGCGACGCUUGGAAACACGCCACCACCGCCGUACAGGAAACAUUCAUACGCGAAUGGCUCGUCACCCGUGCCAGCCUAACCUCCCAACAAGCUCACAGUGUGGUCAUUGUCUUUUACCCCGCCCGCUACCAUCACGGACUUUCCAGUAUCUUUGCCAUGGGCGAUUUCUGCGAACGACUCACCGUACCGGACGACGCCGUCUGUUUACUGGAAGAACCCGAACACAUCAAUUGCUACCGGGCUCCGGGCAAAACAUCCUGGCGGAAAAAAUUUGCUCACGUCGUGGGGAUUAUCCACACUAACUACAAAGCCUACGCCUCUCACCACUACAGUGGUUUGCUUACCGGACCCUUGGUCGGGGUGUUGUCCAGUUGGUGUGUACGGGCCUAUUGCGAUAAGGUCAUCAAGUUAAGCCCGGUUCUGCAAACCUACGCGGCCGAAAAGGAAACUGUUUGCAACGUCCACGGAAUACGGGACGAGUUUUUGCACACGCCGGCACCGACCGGUCCCAAAAUUUAUUUCUUGGGAAAGCUACUGUGGGCCAAGGGACUGGACAAGAUGUUGAGGUUGCAGUAUGCCUACCGCAAAGCGACCGGAUCGUACUUUGCCAUGGACGUCUUUGGGAGCGGGCCGGAGGAAAAGGAAAUACGAAAAGCAUUCUUGGGAGAAGCACUGGAAGACGACGAUUUUUUGGGCCGUCAAGACCACGGGACCAUUUCGACGGACUACAAAAUCAUGGUCAAUCCGAGUAUCACCGAAGUGCUGUGCACGUCGACGGCCGAAGCUGUUGCCAUGUCCAAGUUUGUCAUUCUACCUACCCACCCGUCGAACGUAUUUUUUGAACAGUUCCCCAACUGUCUCUUUUACGAAACACCCGCCGACUUUUGCCGUGUCCUGCAACACGCCACGUCGCACAAUCCGGAACCCCUGACACCGGAGUGCCGAGACGUACUAAGCUGGUCCGCCGCCACAACACGCUUACUGGAGGCGGGGCAAGUGUCGGAACGGGACGCCGCC